UUGUUUACUGUAUUUUCUAUUAAAUUAUACUAUUUGAUACAUGUAAUGAACAACUUUUUAGCCUUUAGCUAGCUACCUAGCUAAUGCAAAGCCAUGUAAAAAGAUCAUCACUAGCUACCUAACUAAAGCUAGUGAACAUAUAGCUGGCUAGUAUAAAAGUAGCUGGAAAAAAAGAAUUGUUCUUGACAGGCUCAUAUCUUUUGACUACACAUAUUAUAUUCAGUCGGGUAAUUUUGCCCUGAUUAGGAAUAUCUAUAGGAUUAAAACUGGCUAGCUAGUAUAGUAUCCUAAAUGAAACCGACCCUUCUUUGACCCACCGGUAGGUAAACGGACACCGGAUACCAUGUUUAUUUACAUCUUAGCACUUUCUGAUUGGUUAGAUUAUAAACAAAAAGUAAUGUCAUUGGCCCGUGAUAUAUUUUUUCAACAUAUUUAUAUGCGAUAUAUUGCGUCCGGAACAAACUGCGAAUUUGCUAAUGCAGACGCAGGUAACUACAUUCUCGACCCCAGAGCUCUUUGAGAUAAAUUUGAAAGGGCUCUGGGGACGAGAAUGAGGUAACUAUAGUUUUUCCAAAAACAAACAUUUUUUCCAUUGAUUUAUUGGACAAAAUGGAACACGUAGAUUUUUCCAAACACAAAAAUUCUUCGCUUUGAUUGGAUAAAGUAGAACACGUGGUUUAAGCGAUGGAAAUAUACUUUUCUGGCGCCACUUUUUUCAAACCCUCUGGAAAUUUACCGGAGUGUGUUGUGUUUGUUUGCUGGAACGAAAUUGAUACUUCCUGGAUUAUUGGAUAAGUAUUAUUUCAUAAUUUUGUCCGUCUCUUUUGUGUUAGUAAACAAAACACAUUUAGCUAGGUGUAAACUGCAGCUUGGUGCAUCUUUAUAUCUGAUUUUUGUCCCCAGCUGUGUCCUUGCAUUUUGGCUAUUAUAUACCUGGCUAGAUAGCUAUUAAUCGUAGAAAUUGUAGCUUACUGUUUAAAUCUUAUUUUUUGUUCCCUGCUCCUGUAUUUUGAUUCAAGGACUACAUUGCCACAGUCACCAAAGUAAGAAGAUAUACGUUUAUGUUUAUAUCUGAUUUAGGUGCUAACUGCAGCUAGGAAGCAACCGUAGCAUCAUAAAAUUGUGUCACAUUGUAGCUAAUUGUAGCAUCGUAGAAUAAUCAAGACAAAUUAAUCAUGAUAUCUGUCCAAGCAUAUCGUGCCACCAUUGGUUCUUUUUAUAAUGUAGCUGCUAGUUGCUCCAAUAACAUUAGGAAUGAAACAACAAAUUUUUACAGCCGUUCUGAAAUGUUUUUUGACCAGAUCGAUGGUAACAACAACUUCAUUCAUUUCUUGAAACUUUUUAUUUCAAUAAUUUUCAUGUGUUGUCUGAGCUGUAAUAUAAAUCUUGCGUCUUUGAAAUUACUGUUACUGUUAUCUGGCGAUAUUGAAAGCAAUCCUGGGCCUUUUAAUAACAAUGAUAUCGACUUCCAAAUAGCACUACAGGAUUCCUAUGCUACGCAUCUUCUUAAUCAGUCAACUUCUGCUGAUCAAAUAGUCGCUUACGCUAGAAGUAUUGGUUUGUCAAAUAUAACAUAUCGAGAAGUGACCAAAGGGGAUGGCAACUGCUUUUAUAGAGCAGUAGUACAGCAACUUAAUCGCCCUGAGAUCAGACAAAUUGUGCCCCUUGGACUACAUUUCCAGAAUCAUCUUCAACUACGAGCAGCUGUGGUCAAAUUUGUUCGAGAAAAUAGUAAUCUAGAAAUUUUUCAAAAUAACAGAAUCUUUUUAACCAUAAAGCCGGAAGAGUGGGAACGCGACAUACAAACUCAGUCAAGACCUACUGUUGAUGUUGAAGAGAUUUUCAUACGGGCUACUGCAAUAAUUUUGGGCGUAAACAUUUUGAUAACAGCCGAUACCAGUACUGCAACACGCCCAUAUACCCUCAUUAGUCCUACUCAUGACGAAACACAUGAUAUUCCUGGUGAACAACAAGUGGCACAUCUAUUGACUGAUGGUACCACUGCAGGUGCUUUCAUUUUGCUUGGCAGGGUUAAUCAAAAUCACUAUCAAUCGUUGAUCUUUGAUGAUAAUGUGAGCGUUACUCCUGUUACAUCAUCCACAUCACUCAGUCCACCUAAAAAAAUUCCUUGUUUGUCAUCAAAAUAUCCUGAAAAUAUAACUAAUGAAAAACCUGGUGAAAAGGAAGUUACUACUUUGAAUCAAAAUCAAGACCUCCUAGUAGAGAAAAUAAUGAAAUCUUAUAUGUCUGCUGCUAUAAUACCAAAAAAAGUUAAGCCUAAACAUAAGCCUAAAUCCAAGCCUAAACCCAAACCUACACCUAAACCUACAACCAAACCUACAACCAAGCGUAAACGCAAGCCAAAUUAUAAUAAAGAACCUGCUUUAAAGCUAAAGUGUCUUCAGUUAAAUAUUAAAUAUGAAGAACCUAAAGUUAAUGAAACAAGUAUGGAAACAUUCAACAGACACAGGCGAAUAAUUUAUAGCUGCAAAAAAAACAUUUCUAAAACAGCCGUAAGUAAUCAGGAAAAUGGUAGUUUGAAAAAACCGCCUGCCUCCAAACAUACAUAUUCCCUGCCACACCUUACACUUCCAAUUACUACACACAAUCUAGUAAAUAUUUUACCAACCACUCAGUCCAUACAAACCACACAGUCAGUUCCGACAAUUGUCACAGACAACCAGACCAGUGAUCAAAUUUAUGGAAAUGAAACCUCCUCUAUUCAUCAAAAUCCUGAUGUUGUUGCAGCUGUAAUACAGUUCGAAGAAGGUGAGAAGUUGCAUAGUUUGGCAACCUGUAAAACUUGUCGUGAAACCCGACCAGUAUUUCAUGCUACUCCCCCUAUCAGUCCUACUGCAGAAAACGAAACAAAACCAAUUGCCGUUAAGCCUUGGAAAAUUUUCAGCGAUGGAAGGUGUGACAGGUGUCAUCGGGAAAGCCUUAGUCGUUUUAAAAAGAAUGUAACAACACCUGCUAGAUUUUCCGGUAUACUGUCAGUUGAUGAUGAUGAUUUGGGCCCAUUACACGAUAACAUCCGCCAUAAUGAUAUGCAUUUUUUACCGGUACCACCAUAUCUUCAAAAUUUGACCAUACUGGAAGUAGCAUUGAUUCGUCGUAUCACUGUUAUCAUGAAUAUACACCUCCUGCGAUAUGGCAUGCUUGCAUCAAAAGGACAUUGUAUCAGUUUUCCUCAGAGAAUGCAAAUUGCUAAAGAAUUGCCAUCGUUACCAUCUCAGGUUGGAAUAGUGGUUAUUAAAAAGAAAGGAAGUCGAAAUUCAGUUCAACAGUAUACUGUGCAAAGGGGUAAAGUUGAAAAUGCAUUACGAGGGCUGUGUUUUGGAUACCCAGAAGGUGGCACUGAAUAUCCAGAUACUAAUAGUGAACAUCUAUACAAUGGCUCUGAUCACAUUGACAAACCUUUAAAAGGACGCUACUUUCAGUUCCUACCGAAUGAGUACUAUAAGGAUGUUUCGAUAAAAUAUGACCGCAUUCAAAAUUUACCAGAGAUGCGUUCUGAAUUACCUGGCUUGCCUGUUGUUGAAAUGCCACAUAUUAUACCAGAGGAAGACAAGGGUCCUGCUGAAAAUCAAUUUCUGGAAAACUUACCUCAAGAUGACGAAAGUAUAACCCGUUCUGGUUUAGUUUGUCCACUUGAAUCUAAAGAUGCUGACAAAGAGUUGCGAACAAUACUGCAGAAGCUCUUGGGCUCUGAAGAUGCAGUUAAUCAAGCUCUUGAACAUGGCACAAUUGCGAAUGCAAAUUUGGAAUAUACACGAGAGCAGCCUAUUCGAGAAUUAAAAACUCCUGGUUUUUUUACUAUGGCAUACCCAACUGUUUUUAUUAAUGGAAAUUGUGACUUAACGGUUCCAAGGUUGAGUAAAAUUAACUUUGAAGAAUACAUCGAACAUAUAUAUUAUUGUUCUGAUAAUCGUGUAGCGCGUCAUCCAUACUUAAAAUUUUUCUUAUUGAAUAUGCGUUUACGAAUGCAAGCACUACAGCAGGGUAGCUUUCUUGUUUCCCAACAAUUAAAUGAUGCGCAUCUCACAAUUGCUGAACUGAGAGAUAAUUUACAAAAUGACGAUGAUUCAGUUCCACGAAAAAUUAUUAGUAUUGGAAAAAACCUGGUGAAUACCGAUCCAUACUGGAGAGACCAAAAAAAAAAAGUGGAUGCUCUGUUGUUUUUCAGACGAAAUGAGUUUGGCGAUUUACCGGCCUAUUUUGAUACCAACAGUUGUGCAGAAUUUCAUUGGAAACCAUUACAUGAAUUACUUAUUAAGUAUCAUGCCUUAAUAAACAAUUUAAACGAAGAUACUGUGCGGCAACAAAUGGAAAACGACAGCAAAUUCAAGCGGGAAAUGAUUCUACAAAAUCUUCAUAUCGUCACACAGUAUUUUGAUGCAAGGACUAUAAAUUACUUUGCCACAGUCAACAAGAAAGUGUUUCAAUAUAAUGAUAGUUGGUGGCGAUAUGAAUUCGCUAAAGGUCGAGGUGAGAUACAUGGUCACGCAAUUAUAUCGUCCUCUAAACACGCUCAAAAGGUCAAAACAAUCAUGGAUGGAUUGUCGAAUGAUGUACCUGACUCACAAGCAUCCCAAACUGCUGCACAAGAACUUCAAAAUUGGUUGCAAACCACAAAUGAAGACAGUGAUGACAUUUUUUCACCCAUAUUUACUUCACUGCAUCCUGCUGGGGGAAAUGAAAUUAUAGAUACCUCUGGAAUUAGAACUUGGGUUCCAAACAAAAAUCAAUGGCCAACACCAGAAGGGAGUCAAGCUCCUCCAGACCAUAACCCAUUGGCGCAAGAACUUGCAGAUGUCGCUAACCAUGAAGGUGGUAUAAGAGAGCAACAUACUUAUCUUGUUAAUAGAAUAGGUCUCCAUAAUUGUAAUUCCAGUUGUUUGCGUUAUCGUCGUAAGAAUAAUAAGGAAAAGGAUACCGCUCCAAAAAAGUACUGUCGUUUUCAUUUUGGUGAUCUUGAUCCACAAACCAAAAAAACAAGUGGCAAAGAGAUUCAUCCUUUUCAUGCUGUCAUAACAAAAGGGGAACAUCCUAGAUAUGAGGGACCACGCGAUCAUCCUCGCCUAAUGAUGCAUGUUAAAACACGUCUGCUUAGUUGGCUAGCAAAUUGUGACAGUCAAGUCAUUAUCGAUCAGGAUCUUCUGGCUCUUCAAAAAUACAUUGCUGGUUAUGCUUGCAAGGGGGCAGCCUCAACUGAAGAUUUGGUACAUGUUUAUCGGCAUCUCAUUGAAAACACUGCUGAUGGAAGCACUGUUAAAAAUUUGGCUCAACGACUACUUCAAAAAAUUGCUGGUCUGGUAGAUGUACCAGGUGCUGCGGCAGAUUUUAUUAAUAGUGGUGGCCGUUUGACUAGAUGUACCAGGAAUUUUCGAUACAUUGGUAUCAGUGGCUUCCGAGCAUUGGAUACGUCUGGUGAAGAUGGAACCGUUACAAAGAAUAGCACAUUGGAUAAAUACUUGAGCGAUAAGCGUAGAGAAACUGAGCCAGAAAUAUCAUUAUGGAACUGGAGCAAGAAAUGUAAUUGUACCUGCAAAGUAGAUCACGUGCCAGUUUUUACAGGAAUAUCUACAAAACCUGUUUGGCCUGUUACUGAGGACUAUGCAAAAGCUAUGCUCGUUAUAUUUUCUGUUGGAACGUGGCAUAAUACUGAAGAAUUGAAGGGACAACAUGAGUCAUUUGCUGCUGCUUUGGCUUCCUUUGUUCAAACUGAAAACUGUCCCCCUAUAUUAAUAGAUGCAUUGAAGGAGGCUAAACAAUCAUUCGAUAAAAAGAGUGAGAGAAAACAAAGUCACACUCGUGUAAUCAAUAAUGAAACCGAUAAUCAGUCUUCAUGUCAAUCAUCACAAUAUACAGAUGCAAGUUCUCAAAGUUCCCAAAAUUCAGUCAUUGCACAAAUGAACAUAGGCAGAGCGAUAAUGAGAGAUAUUGCAAGGCAUCACGUUGCUGAUAUCAAUGAGCCGGAUGUACAACAAGUUCUUCCCAAUGGAGGGCCUACAUUUGAUUGGAAUAAUUAUGCAAUUCAAAGUUUUGGUAGUCAAUGGCCAAUUAAUGCUGACACAUGGUUACAAUCUAUAUCUGAAGAAGCAGAAAGAAAUGAAUUGCAUCUGGCUGAUGAUUGUACCUUACCCCAAAUAAACAUCUUAAAUGCUAAUGAAUUACAGAGAACAGUCAUUGGUAUAAAUCUUCAGCAUUUAUUGCAAGUUGCAAAAGGAACUUUGCCAACAGGUACCCAGCCAUUACGUUUAUUAAUGCAAGGAACAGCUGGUGUUGGGAAAACAUUCAUCAUUACUGCGCUCACCAGAAUCGUUCGGCGUAUUUUUAAGCGAAAUUCUGCUGUUAUGAACUUGGCCCCAACUGGUGCAGCAUCAGUCCUCAUACCUAAUGGUCGCACUAUACAUUCAAUGACUCCACCACCACACAAACUGAAAAAAGAUAAGAAUUUAAAUUCUGUCCAGCUUUCUGACUAUCCGUUGGGUGAUGUAUCUCUAAGAAAGCUGAGAAAGUAUACAGGUAUGCAUGAAAACAAUGAGCUGAAAUUAUUUCAACUUAAUAUUGAUGAACGUAGCAUGCAGUCGAAGCUUCUUGUGGCCUGGUGCAGCCAAAGAUUAUGCGAGGCUACGGGAGACUUUGAUAAUUAUUAUGGUGGUGUACCAGCUGUCAAUUUCUUUGGUGACCUUGGUCAGCUUGGACCAAUUCGUGCUUUGGAUCUACAUCAGCCACCAAAACACGAUGAUUCGACAAUCAACUUUGCUGGCUAUGCAAUCUAUCGCUCGUUUCAAGAUGUUAUUGUUCUUACAGAAACAAUGCGUCAAGGCCCAGAUCAGUUAGCUCUUUUGCAGCGACUUCUUAGAAUACGUAAUGGAUCGAUCACUCAACAAGACUGGCAAGAUAUAAAUAGUCGUUACGAAGAUGGUUUGCCACAAACCGAAAAAUGUAACUUUUCGCAUGGUCGCGUCCUUACAUUGAUGGAAACAUGGAAUGAAGUUAAUGAGGAAAAUCACAAUAAAUUAGCUAGCCUCGGUGUGCCUGUUGCUGUAAUUCCAUCAAGAGGCAGUGGUAAACACCACUCUUUGACUGAUAAGCAACUGGGUCAAAUACCGCUGAGAUCUUUAAUGGCAGUUGGUGCAACUGUAAUACUCACUAAGAACCAAAAAGGUCUUACGGGCCUCGGUCUUAAUAAUGGUGCGAUGGGAAAAGUAAUUGCAAUCCUUUAUUCGCCAAAUAUGUCACCACCUGAAUUUCCUAUAGCUGUCAUUGUCGAUUUCCCAAAUUAUAAAGGCCCAAUAUGGAUUCCAGAACAUCCAACAUGGAUACCAAUUACUGCUGUUGAAGGUCGAUGUGAAUCUAAUUGUUGCAGCAGAAAUGGCCUGCCAUUGAUGCCAGGAUAUGCGAUAACAAUUGCUAAAAGUCAGGGUAUGUCGAUUGGAGAUGGUAAAACUGCCACCCACAUGCGUAUCAAGUUACAACAAUCAAUUCAGAUGGAAAAAAAUAACCUUGGUACAGCUUACACUGCAUUUUCAAGAUGCGAAAAAGAAAGGAAUUGGGCACUUGUCGAGCCAAUUACUCAAGAACGUCUCUUGUACGUUAAUACACAUCCUCGUAUGAAAGCCAGACAAGAGGAAGAGCAACGACUGAAAGCAUUAUCGAAUGAAACCAUCAAAAAAUUUGAUAUCACUAUAGUAAAGUAUAUUAACUUGCUGAAAGACCUUGACGAGUUUUGCGAUGAUGAUAUUGAAGAUGCAGUUUGUCCUUCACCAUCUGCAUUAUUGUUGCUCAUGUAUUAUAUGCACAUCUCAAUCAUAAUGAUAAUCACAACUGAAAUUAACCUAUGUUGCAGAUAAUAUACAUUAAAAAACAUUGUAUAUGUUCAUAUAUUUGUUGUGAAAUCAAUAUGCGAAGUAAAAUUUUGAUUUAGAAAAUAAACAAAAUAAAAACCGUCUGACCAUGAAUUCGUAAUUAUUGGAUGUAAUAAGCCGAAGUCAAAUACUUGAUUUAAUAUCAAUGUAUAGUAAGCUGUAUCCAAGAAUCAUGGUAAACAUUUUUAAUUCAACAGACAGAAUAGUUGUUUCUCAAAACAACCGUCUGCCCAUGAAUUCGUAAUUAUUGGAUGUAAUAAGCCGAAGUCAAAUACUUGAUUAUAAUAUCAAUGUAUAGUAAGCUGUAUCCAAGAAUCAUGGUAAACAUUUUUAGUUCGACAGACAGAAUAGUUGUUUCUCAAAACAACCGUCUGCCCAUGAAUUCGUAAUUAUUGGAUGUAAUAAGCCGAAGUCAAACACUUGAUCUAAUAUCAAUGUGUAGUAAGCUGUAUCCAAGAAUCAUGGUAAACAUUUUUAGUUCAACAGACAGAAUAGUUGUUUCUCAAAACAACCGUCUGCCCAUGAAUUCCUAAUUAUUGGAUGUAAUAAGCCGAAGUCAGAUACUUGAUUUAAUAUCAAUGUAUAGUAAGCUGUAUCCAAGAAUCAUGGUUAAAAUAAAGUAAAAAUACUCUGCCUAACAUCAGGCAUCACGAUGUGUGAUUAUUAUCAACAAACUCAAUUUAAAGGCAAAUUAAUCCUCGUUUUUUGUAAGAAGCCUAAGCAUUUGUGUGCACUCAAAGUUUAUUAAAGUUUUGAUAAUCAAAUUUAAAUUGUCCUUAUUUAACACUGAAAAAUCUUUUAUUUACAAGGCUUUUUGUCUAAAAUGCAUGCUCAUUAACACAUACCAAGUCUUAAGUUACUGAAGGCCCUAAUAUAAUCAAGUUUGUAACCUGACUUUUGGGUUGAUUUACCUUCUUGUCUUUUUUCCUUCUAAGAAUGUAAAACAAAAGGUUUUUAACAUUAAGCUAAGUCAAUUUAAAAGUGGGUCACUUCUUGGUUUCCUCCCCUUUUUUUGUAAAAUUUUAUGUGUUAAUAAAAGCAUACAGUGUAUGACAUUCUAAAAAUUUAGUUACAUAUAUUGCGUAUGUAUAUAUACUUAAAAUUAUGCCAGGGGUUCAUAUAACUUAAUUUAUGGAAACGUUACUGAGAGAAAGCGUUUAAGCCAAAAAAGAAAUGUUUUUUUGCAUAAAAUGAAAUUUAACAUUGUGAUUGACUUUACUAAGUUUCAAGUUUUACUAAGUUAACACAAAAAUUAGAUUUGAACUUUUUGUGUUUAUUUUGCAAAAGUUUUUACAAAUUAAGUAUGAUCCAUCAUUGAGUAUGGUAACUAUUGAAACCAAUGUCAGUAAAUCCUGAAAUGUAAAAUCUGACACUUUAAUGUUCCUCAAAAUGAGUAUAUUAUGAAAAGAUUUUAUUAUAUGAUAAUUUUUAACUGGCCAUGAUGAUACUUAAGAUAUCACACAGUCUUGAUUUUAAACCACGAAGGAAAAAAAUUAAAAAUUAUGUGAGGACAUUAAAGAGAUAUAUCGGUGAGGAUAGGUCCGGUUGUAAGGGGAUGGAGGAGACCGGCAAUUAAUACCUUAUAAAAAGGAAUUGAAUUUGCACUAAAUAUGUGAAAGUUAAUGUAUUUUGUAAUUUGAAUGAUACUGUACAGUUUCAGUUCCUUUGUUGCUCUCUUUUGUCUUUUUCCUGUUUUCAGGUACUAUAAUAAACUUUCAAGGAAUUUGUAGAAGACGUUAGCAAGUUUUUUCAAAUUCUACUGGAAGAUAUAACAUGGCAGUUAUUUUAAAUGAAAAACAAUCAGAUAAGUACCUCUUAUUAAUUAAUUUUAUAUUUAAAUGUGUACUAUACAUAAAGGCGAGACCAUUUUCAUUGUGUAAUGUAAUUUUUAAGUUAUUUUAACAAUUUUGAAACCACACCCUUUUUAAAUUUCCUUCUGUAUAAAAUUUGACAUGAUUAUGUCAUUGUACCACCAGUAAAAUCUUUGCUAAUUUUUCACAUCAGUAUUUUUCAUGACUACUCUGUCACAGUUAGUUUGGACAGCCAAAUGAUCAUGUCAUUUGAUUUUUUGACUGCUUAAUUCAUAAUGCAGUUACUUUAGUACGAAAAUUAACAUUCUAGUUGUAAAUCAUUUAGGAAAUUUCUUUACAUUAACAAUGGCAAUUGAUCACAUAUGAGAAAAAAGUAGAGGAUGAGACAUACUAGAGGAUUUAUUUGCAAAUAUAGAGAAAAAAAUGGCGGCACAAAUUAACUUAGAACUUGUUUCACUUUAUGCUAAAUUCGUGGAGCACAGGAUACAACAUCCUGGCUCCAUGAAUUAUCGGUCGUUUGGCCGAUGGCUAAAGCAGGGUGGGGUCGAGUGGACCAAUGAAGAAGACCCCACCGAAACAGCUCCCAACAUGGAAUUGAUGCAAGUAUGGACAAAAUUUUUACAGUACAGACUUAGACAUAGCGGGUCAAUGGACCUAGAAGUGUUUGGACGUUGGGUGCAUAAUGGCGGGGUUGAGUUUUGUGGUGGGCGACGGGAUCGUGGUAGAAGUAGCAGUCGUGGUUGGAGACGCGGUCGUGGUGGGAGACGCGGUCGUGGUGGGCCGUAUAAGCCACAAUAUUAAAAUGUAUUUUUAUUACUAACCCUUUGUAAAACGAGGUGCACUUUUUUUUAAUAAAAUAUCCUAAAUUUAAAAUGGGCCUAAAUAUUGCCAAAAUUCAAACAAUUGCUAAACUAUUUUUCAGGCUGAAUUUAAAAUAAAUACUUUGAAAAAAACAACAUUUUUUCCAUUGAAAAAAAUAAAUACUUUGAAAAAAACAACAUUUUUUCCAUUGAAAUUAACUAGAUAAACAAAUAUUUUGUCUACCUUGUUUUACGAAGGGUUAGAUGUUAUUAAAUUUGUUAAUUAUCUUAACUCUA